AAGAGAUUUUUUAGGUCACCAAUUACUGAAAUUAAACGAAAAAUUGUCUGCACUCUUCUUUGAAAAUGCUUAAUUAACGAGAGAAAUUGGGAAGUGACAAGUGACCAAGUGUUUGCGAUAUUUCUCAAGUGAAAAAUAGAAAGAAAAACUAGAAACGCCCCAGGAUUCAUUAAUUGAUCGAUAAAUCACAAACUAAAAUAGUCAAAAAUGAAAUCAAUUGAAUGAAUCAAUUGACAUGAAUAGUAAUAACAGAACUGAUUGACUGUAUGCACCCAAAAAUAAUCAGCCUAUCCAGAACCAACGAGAGACGACUGAUAGCGAGUAUUUAGUACCGCAAGGCGAUAAAAUUCAGCACAACAAUCAACACCAGAUGCACCAAAAUUCACAGACUCAGGAUUGUCACAGUGUAAAUAGCGAUAAUAAAGAGAAUCAAGAGGAUAAUGCGAGAGACAUCAAAGACGUGAGAAAACCAAUGAGUGCUAUCACAGGAAAGAAGGGGUUCAGUCUCAAAAGACAACUCAGCAAAGUUGAUCUCAAGAUAAAGAGCACAUUUACACCUUCGUCCUCAGCAUCGCAUAAUGGGGCAAGCACAAGUGCAAAACAGUCAUCAACGUUUUACUGCAGUCCAAACGAAUCCGAUUCAGCAUCACCCGAAUCAGUUGAUCAGGAUCCAACAUUAUGUGUAAAAAGUCCAGUGCUAGCACGAUCCCCAUACCUAGAGAAACGUCCACUCGAAUCGAUAUUGAGUGCCGAAGGAGUUGAUGAGGAUGAUAAUCAGGACGAAGGAAAAAUCAAUGAUUCAACAAGAGCAGUGCGUCCAGCUGAUUUGCCCCUCUUUGAAAAUGAUGACAAAUUGAUGGAUAUGAAGAGAAUCGUCAAGACUAGACACUCAAAAGCACGUUUGCUAUCCGUGCCAAAUUCUAAAAGUCAGAAGCACGAGACUAUAAUGAAUAAUCAAAAAAAUGAUGACAAUACAUCCGAGUCUUUCGCUGGAAAUCUUAUGAGAAGAUUCAACAAAUUCGACAGUUCGUUCCAACGAUCAAGGAGUUCGAGUAUGUCUUCACUCGAGAACAUUUCAACUGAAACCAUCAGCUGCCUUACAUUUGCCGAUUCGUAUACCAAAAAGAGUGAUGGCGUAUCAUUCAAACUGAAGGGCUGCAUCCUAACGAUGUCCUUCCUGGAUUGCAAUGGUGCACUCAUACCUAAUGCAUUUGAAUCGUGGAAAGACGAUAGCGUAGACGGUAAAAGCAGCAAGAGUAAGUCAAUAAACAGCAGUAGAAUGUCACCGCUGUUGAAUGCACAAGCUGUCGGUGGAGCUGAAGGUUUCGAGGAUCAGCAAUUUCUGGUGCUGACGUCUGAAAAGCAAGCAAAGGUUGUGGCCCUACCUUCCCAGAAUAUUGUUUACAGACAGCAAUUGAGUGAGACACACGCUGUUAUCAAAGCAGAAAUUACGACCUUGAAAGAUAGCGUAUGUCUUAUGUGUUACGUAUCGAAUGGGCACGUUGCGACUUACAGUUUACCAAGUCUGAGGCCCUUAAUCGACGUUGAUUUUCUACCAUUACAAGAUCUGAGUUUUCAGACAACUAAACACGGCAUUGUAGAUCCUAUGUUGUCCAUAUGGGGUCAUCAACUCUUUGUUAAUGGCGAUACCGAUCAGUAAGUCACCAAUAUUAAAAAACAGGAAAAAUAAAGAGAACAAGAAAAAGAGUGAUAAUAAUUCGCAUAAUUGUAUUUUCCCAUAUCCGUAAGGUUGAAUUUUGUUUGGUAAUUUUGAUAUUCCUGUUGAAGCAAAGUAAACAAAUUAUCCAAGUAGUUUUGCCGUAAUUUAUUUGUCAUUGUUUUUAAAUUUAUCGGUAUAGUAAUUAAUAAUUACCCCUCUUGUAAAGUAAAUCCUCUUUUUGUACAGAAUGGGAAAGACGUAACACCUGCUGUAAUAUUUGCCACUAAUACACAAUUGAUUCAUUAUUGACACGCCACUUUG